CCUUUUCCUUCUGGCAGCUGGCAGCCACCAGCCACCAGCCAGGCCGCCAAUCACACCUCACUGCCCUCGAUGCAUGGUCAAACUGCCUCCAUGCCACUUGCUCCGAGAUUCUGCGAAAAGAAUGUCGAUUUUACAGUAUGCCCACAACCCAUCGCCAGUGUCACUCCAGAGGCGCCGCAUCUACACUCUCCGUCGGCGCGGGGGUCGAUGUGUCCGUAUAAGAAGCGGUCACGAUGGAGACUAUAUCAAUCCCAUCUCCAUCCGCAUUCCUCUCUUCGCCAGUCUUGAACCCCGCUCCGGAACCGCCGCCCCCUCCAAAGCGCAAGCCCUCGACCACGGCCAAGCCUGCGAAUAUAACGAAGAAGCAGGAUGGGAUAUCAAAGCCCAAGCAAUCCAAAAGUCGCAAUGGAUGUAUAACGUGCAAGGCGAAACGAUUGAAGUGCGACGAAACGAAACCAUCAUGUCAACAAUGUCACAAGAGGAGUGUGACAUGUGGGGGAUACAAGAAGGAUUUCAAAUGGAGGCCGUUCGAGGAGACGACGUUCUCAAAUAAACUUGCCCCAACCAGGCAAAAACGAAGCACGGUUCCAAGCAGCCAAGGGGAACCUCUGCUAAUUUUUGCAGAUUCUAUAGCUCUGAAUAAACCACCAGAUCCGCCUGUUGCAAGUCCUUCUGACGCCUCCUUUUCGCCAACGUCCGCCAAAGCGGAAGAUAUCUCGAUGCAGGAAUCGUGCUUCCACGCUGCAGCCCCAUCUCCCCCGACUUUUCCUACGAAUACUUUCUCAGGUCUCCACUUUGACCACCCUCCAAUGUUCGAUAUGAGCACGCCCCCAUAUACGCGAGAGUUAUCAAGACCUCGAUUUGAACCGGAUUCCGUCACAAGAAGCUUGAGUAGCUUGUUCGAGGACACACAUCAUGUCCCGCCAAAUACUGCAACACGGCCGAGUUUCUCUGGGCAGUCUCCAAGGUUGAUAGACCUCUUAUUACCAGGAUCAGAGCUCAAUGCAAGGCCUGGGACGGUAACAAUACCGCCGUUGAGUACUCCAACUCCGGAAAUGAAAUUGUCCCCUGUGAUGGAUCACUCAUAUCUUCCAAGUAUGGAGGUAACACGAGACACGAAUUUAGAGGAUGAUAUUGAGGAGAUUAUCAGGGAACCACAGAUGACUGCUACCGAUUUAUGGGAAAGAGGGCCGUUGUUACGGAUGUCCAGGUCUUCGACCGCUUCGCUGAUGGCGAUGAGAGACGAUCCUUUCAAUAAGAUAUAUCGCCAGCCAGAGGUUCAAGCAGGAAGUCCGGAAAUGCUGAUGUUACGGUUCGACAAGCAGACUUGUGGAAUUCUGUCAGUGAAAGACGGACCGACUGAGAAUCCAUGGAGGACGUUGGUGUGGCCACUUGCGAGGGAUUCUCCUGCAUUGUAUCAUGCGAUUGCCUCGAUGACCGCAUUUCACACUUCCAAGGAGAAGCCUGCUCUCAGAGUUGAUGGUAUGGAGCAUAUGAGACGAAGUAUUCGAUCACUUGCUACUGGAAUCGAGAAAAUGCGGACAGACACAGCUCUUGCUACAACUCUGGUUCUUGCAUUCUCUGAGUCCUGGGACCAACACAUCUCCACCGGAAUCGAGCAUCUACGUGGAGCGAAGAUUUUGGUCAACCAAGCUCUAGUUUCUCACAAGAAGAACAAACUCUCCGGCGAUGACUUGACCCGUCUGAGAUUUCUCUGCAACACCUGGGUCUACAUGGACGUAAUUGCACGCCUCACUUCCGUGGAAGAAGACGAAUCCAACAGCUUCGACCAAAUCCUCGCACCUUUCAACCUCCCAAACAGCACCACCGAAAUUGACCCCCUCAUGGGCUGCGCUUCCACGCUCUUCCCCCUCAUCGGCAAAGUCGCCAAUCUCUGCCACAAAGUACGCAAAGCACCCACAAACUCGAUUGCUAUCAUCUCCCAAGCCAUGGACUUGAAAGAAGCAAUCGUCCAAUGGUCACCACCACACUGCGCAACAAUUGAACGGCCGGAGGAUCCAACUAGUGAGAUUCAGCAUGCGUUACAGACGGCGGAAGCAUACCGCUACGCAACACUCCUCUACCUGCACCAAGCCGUCCCCGAGAUACCAUCCUGGUCCGCCGCCCAACUAGCGAAGAAAGUCCUUGUUUACCUAGCCACCGUGCCACUUUCCUCUCGUCUAGUGAUCGUGCAGAUCUACCCCCUUCUAGCGGCAGGCUGCGAAGCCACAGAGAAAGAAGACAGACAAUGGGUCGAAGAGCGCUGGCAAGCAAUGGCGUCGCGGAUGUGGAUCGGCAACAUCGACCGCUGCUACGAAGUGAUGCAAGAAGUGUGGUCUCGCCGCGACGUCGCCGCGGCUUCCAAAGCCGCCGCAGAGAAAGCGAAGCAGAGACUGGGGAUGGUGCAUUCGGAGAGUAGCAAGCGGAAGUUCGAGUCCGAGAUGGCUAUGGAUGAGGGAUUUAGUUUUGAAGAGAUGUUGACAGGGAAGAGGCAGCGAAUGAGCUUUUUGCAAGGAGGGCAGGGAGGGGGCUUUGAGAGACCGGUGGAGAGAAAGAGGGUCCAUGAGCCGGAUGAGGUGGAUGGCGACGAGGAGUUGGGGGUUAGGGGACGCUUGCACUGGGUUAGUGUUAUGAAAGAGUGGGAGUGGGAAAUCCUCCUCGGCUAAGCCCUCAACCUCUCCAAACUCGUCACCUUCCUCAACCACACCUUCGCGGCCUUGACUCCACCUCCACUCGUCCUCGGCCUCUCCCUCUCCACCGAGCUCCUCUCAACCCGAUGCAUCCUCGUCGGCGGCAUCCGCAUCCCCCCAUUAAACUGCACCUGCGGCGCAUAUCCAUAUCCAUACCCAUAUCCCACCCCA